GGAUUCAGGAAACUCUUGGCUGAAUCUGGCAUCGUUUUUCUUUUAUUCCUUAUGGAUUUCGCACCAGAGCAGCCUAAACACACCAAGUCCAAAAUCGCGAUGAGUGGUGAUAAGUCAUGUCAUGCCGUUUUUCGAGGGGAAAAGUUAAAGGAUUACUCGCGAUCUCAUGCGGAUCUGUUCGCCUGCACGUAGCUGGUUUAUAAAAGCUCUUGUGUUGGAAUGGGCUGUGUGUCAGGAUGGCCACGUCUGUGCAUACGAGGUUGGAGAUCAGUGUCAGUUUCCAACACGGGCUCUAUAUUUAGCUGGUAGGGGGAGUGGGUGACCCAGUCUGAGUGCAACACGUACAGAAACACUUCUCUGGACCCCAACAAUCUUUCACCUGCUUGCUGUUUCUUUAUAAUUGGUGUGUGGUGAAGGCGAAGAUGAGCAUCCCCACACCACAAUGACAGACUGAUGUGCCGUAGAGAUUGCUUGGCAGUUGAGCUGUUAUUUGUGUCCUACUGACAAUCCAUCUUGGUAAUCAGUGAAGAGGCAAUUAGAAGUGACCAUGUGUCAGUCAGAGGUGCCAGGGGCCAGACUGGGCCUGAACAGUCCUGACCUGCUGGUGAGAGAGGCUUUUCUGAUGGCCCAUGACUACAUAGACUAUGUAACCACAGGAGGGGCAGACAGCACCAUGGGUCCUGCUCCUACAGUCUGCACCACAGCCCUGCGCCACGCCGGAGAUGAGCUCUUCAACCGCUUUCCCAUCUUCUUCAGGCGCUGGCCUCGUGUCUUCCAGGAUGUGACAGAGAAUACAGCCUGCCCCAUGCUCAUGAGCAUCCUGGAUGAGCACUUCUUUCCCCCCGUCACUGGGGGGCGGCGCAGAGAGCUGUCCUGGAGUGCAGUGCUUUCAGUAUAUGUGCUGGCUGGCCAGAUGGCUCUGCAUUGCCAUGAGAGAGGCAUGGUGGUGGUCCUGCCUCAGCUGAAGGAGUGUGUGGGGGCCUAUGUAGAGAGGGUAAUCUGCCCUGAGAUACGAGACAAGGGAGGAUGGACUGGUUUUGUGUCACGCUUUGGAGAGAAGCAGGGCUUGGAGAGCCAGGUGAAGAAAGUGUGUUGUUGGACACUGCUGGCAUUGGCCAUCAGCAUCCUCGCCUACUGCUUGUGGAAAAGAAUGACUUAGCCAACACUACCACCUAGUGACCGCAACCACAAACUGUCCAAAGCUGAGCUACUACAUGAAAAUGUUGGCAGAUGUACUUCACAGUCUGUAAUUCUCAAAUACUUCAUAAAGGAUUUGAACAAAUCACAU